CUUUAUUGUCACUUAUCACAGUACAAAUUCCAAGCCACCUUCACUCAAGGCAGACCCUGAGGCAGUGUCCAAAAUGGUGCUGCUGUUGAUCUAUAUAAAGGAGUAAGCAGGAACCUAUGCCCAGGAUAAUCUCUGACCAGUAUUUCAACCAGCCCAUCAUGCUACUCUACAAGUGCACUUCCUGCCAGGAAGUUAUCCAGGUUACCAAAGCACGCUUAACAUGUAACACUUGCUCACCAACCAUCAAUCUAUGUGCCAACUGCUAUGUCGUGCAAGACUACCCCCUACAGCAUCCAGAUGGUGCCUCACAUUCGCUCUUAGUACACCAGCACAGCGGCUACCUCCCAGUACCUCCUCCUCCGCCAGUACGAACCCAGUCUGUCGGUGGCACGUACAAAGCUGCGCCUGUUCCUCCACGACGAAGACCUGUUUCUGCUGUUCCAGAUACCAAUGUGCCGCCCAGGAUGCCUCCUCGCCCGACCAAGCAGCCAUCAGUUGAAGAUGCUGAUGAACCGGUGUCGAGACUAGGCUCCUCGCAGCCGUCAACACCAUUAUCCCCACGUCCACAGCAGCAAGGCACUGAGCAAGAUUGUGAAAAACAACGACAGCAAUAUGAAACUCCACAGCCGCGACAAUAUCCACAGGAUCAGCAGCCACCGCCACCACAGCAGCCUCAGCAAUCUCAGGGACCUCAGCAACCUCCGAAACCUCAGCAACCUCAGCAACAAUACCAACCUUCUGGGUGGACCUAUUUUUUCAACCAAGAUAUGACACCCUCUCCUUGCUUCUCCGCCCUAAUUGAAGAGUUCUUCCAUCAUCUGGACCUAAAUCGAACCGGGCUCGUCAGUCCGGAGACCAUCUCAGAGUACAUUGACGCCUGUGGUGCACCCGCGAGCCACAACGUCUGGAAAGCCAGCCGUGCCAAAAACCCCCGAAGCUGCGACGUGCCCGACCGCGAACUAACCGACCAUUACACCUCCUAUGGCGUCGACUUCGUCCUACGCCCCCGAACCCCAGUCUCAACACCCACAGCAUCCCCUUACAACCCCUACUCAAUCUUUUCAAACUCACAGAACGCCAUAAUGGAACACAUUCUGUCUUCAGUUCCCUCCGUAUCCGGAAACCAAAAACCCAUGCUUACCCUCCAUGGCUGGACAAGCCUAGCCAUCUGCGGUACCUUACUCAACCCGUCCGGGUCAUGGGGCGAAUUCAAUCGUGCAAUGCGCCAUUAUCGACUCCCCCUCUGGUCAAAGUGGGGUGAUAUCCCAAGAGAGAUGUUCCCGUUAGCACCCUACCAGCCCGAAGUAGAGCGUGUGCGAAUUAUGCAGGAGGGAGCGCGGAUUAAUGCUGAGCGGGAGCUUGAUGCAGUAAAGGCUCGCUUAAUGUUAGAGAAGCAGGGCCGGGAGGCUGCUUUGGAUUUAAUUGAUGAUCGGAGGUACGUAUAUCGGUGAUGCGUGCUUGCGAGGCUAGGUUUGUCAUUUUGAAUCGUUGAGCGAGGUGACUUGUAGAUAUGAUAUCUGGAUCGGAGAAAUUGGCUUCUUGAACUAUAAUAUUGUUCCGGAUGUUGUGGUUCAG